GUCGAUAGUGGGACCUUCCCACAGAGACUAUGCAACACAUCCACGCCUGUCAUUUGUCAAGUAGCCUUGACCUUAACGACACAAUCCAUCGUGAGCAACUUGAAUGAUUUCUGCGUAGAGGAAUGUGUUUUGAGGAGAGAUCACUGAUUGCUGAACGUUGAUCCAAUAUACCGGGUCCGGUAAGCGCCAGCAGGGUGGCGCUCGCUAUUAUGGUGCAUGCUUUGCUUCCAGGUUCUCCAUGAGCUUGAGCUCUCAUCUGAUGGCGACCUUGUACUCCAGGACUCUUCUUGCUCGACGCUGCUGAGGCGGUUGCUCUCUUUCUUCCCCGCAUCCCUUCAUUUUCUGUCGUCGUUGAAACGACGCCCUCACACUCCUUUGAUUCAACAUUCGCUCUUGAUCGAUUCAGAGUUGAUAACAUAACACGCGUGCGACUAUGCACGAUUCAAGUCCCAUGAAAAUGCGACGACUUCAUGCAAAACGGCUGGAAGAGCGAGGCGACCCUCUCAUAAAGAUCAAUCUUGGAAAUCCCUCAGCACCUCUCAUCGAGCUACCGGUAGACCUUCCAACAUUGCCCAUUGUUGGACCGUUGCUGGCACCCAUCGUGACUCCCUUAAUUGGAGGCCCUCCACAUACGAAUACGCCUGCACCCACUACUCAAGCUCCGACGCCUAAUCCUUCUCCUUCUCCUUCUCCCUCUCCUUCUCCCUCUCCUACUCCUACGCCUGCUCCCGCGCCUGCACCUUCGCCGUCUCCUUCGCCGUCUCCUGUACCUCAACAACCACCGCCAAGUUCGCCGCCGUCAAAUUCUGGAGGGAAUCAGUCAGGUGGCGGAAAUGAUACCGGUGGCAGCAGUGGAGGUGGAAAUGGAAAUUCAGGUGGCAAUGGGUCAAACAACGGGAGUAAUGGAAGCAGCAACAACGGCGGCGCAGGAAGCAGCGACAAUGACAACAAUGGAGGGCCGAUUGCUCCUCCUAGCAGCCCUUCCACACCCAGCGACAAUAACGGCGCUAACAACGAGAAUGGUUCUUCACUUUCUGGGUCAAGUCCGACCUCAGGGAAUUUUCCACCCAAUCCAUCGGGUUCUUCGGGUUCGUCGUCGUUCGGUUCCAGCAACAGUGGUAACGACGAUAGUCAAACUGGCUCCACUCGCCCAACUGCGGUCCCUUCAUUCCAAGCAGCAGUUAAUGUUCAGGACCCACCUGAUGAUGUAUCUGGUAGUUCUGACAUUGUAGAUUUCGCAGGGUCAUUAACUUCGUGGCCAGAAUCUCAGCCAUCUGGCAGCCACUCUGACCCUUCACGUGGAAAUGGCUCGCCUGGUUCAGGUUCGGAUUCGGAUUCAGGUUCAACUCAUGGUCUGGGAGGUUCAGGUGAUGGCAAUGGUAGCACUGACCCUGGCUCUGGCUCUCCUAAUGGGCCAUCCGCACAUCAUGGUCUCUCCAAAGGUGCAAUAAUUGCGAUUGCGGUAGUUGCUGCUUUGCUAGCAAUUCUGUUCUUCUUUCUCAUUGCACGUAAAUGCUCGCGAUCGAAGCGUACCGCCCGCCGACAAUGGUGGUCCCGGAACGGAAACGAUUAUUGUACCACUCCGAUCAGCAAUGACCAAUACUUCGCCAAUGCACGUCUGUCGCAUCGAAGUAGUUUCGGUACCAACUUCGAUCGUGGUGGGCCAUUCAGACCGACAUCCGACACUGAUCCUUUCAACGUCCCAUGGCCACCUCUCGCACCGACUUCACCGCCCAACCCAGAAAUGGCUCUCAGAAACACAUCUGUUCAUUCAGUGUCAAUCACUGUACCGUCGCCGGCCGCCACCUCACAGCGAUCUCAGACACCCGUAAUCCGUACGAGCCUGACUGAUAGCGACGGCAGUUUGCAUUCAGCCUUGUCGUCACCCACAAGGUCUCAUUCUGAGCUUUCCCAGUACCUUGCUGUUCCGGAGAGCGCGACCCUCAAGGGUGGUGUCUUAUCUGAGGGUCCUAUACCUUCUCCUAUAUCCGUGCGACCUUUCUCACCUACAGAAUCCUGGUCAUUCCCAACACCUCCCAAAGAUGACCUGCGCCGUCAGUCUCAGGCAAUGCUCUCGGUCAAUCGUUCUCAAUCAACUAUCCGAGCAGAAACGGCCCGUUCGCGACAGUCGACCGACGAUGAGUUCUACAGCGUGGAGAAUCCGUUCGCGGAUUUCACCAGCGUAGAAACUCAUAUCACGGCCGAUUCUGACAAUGCAGAACAUUUCGCCGAAAUCGAGAUCAUCAGACGGCCAUUUGUGCCUACCCUAGAUGAUGAGAUGGCCGUGACACCUGGUGAAGAGGUCCGCGUGCGAAAGAGGUUUGAUGAUGGAUGGGCGUAUGGGGAACAGGUCGGCGAUGGCAGACGAGGACUGUUCCCUAUCGAUUGUUUGCGCAUGCCGGAUGAGGACCUUCCUGCUUUCCUUGCAGCUAAGCGGCUCAGCAGUUAUGCUGGUGCUAAACCUGUCCGAGAGAGUAUUAUAGGACAGGCGGUUUAGGACUAACUCCUGAGAAAUGGCCUCGUUACGGAGCGCGAUUGUGUAACACAUGGACUAUGAUGUGCUUGCAGUACACAUCGUACCCAGACCCUCGUAUACAUUUCUACCCAGAAAUGAAACUGUAUAUACCCACUUCCACCUUUAUCGCUUUUUCACUGUUUUUCUCUCUCUCUGGCUAACACCAGUGUUGUUUCGUUUAGUCAGUUUUCUAGUUGAUUGCUCGACGAUAUCCAUUGGAUCUUAACUCUUCAUCUGCGAUCAUCCAUUGUAAUGUCUUGCUUCCUGUCUUACCGUUGUAAUGCUAAUUUAACCUGUACAUGAUUCGCUGCUAGUUGCUUACCCCUUUGUGUUCUACACGCGUCUACAUACGUACUGUACAUACUUUUUUUCUGUUCAUAGCUUCUUGAUUUCCUCAUUCUUCGUUUGUUAAUACCCUUUCCUUUUCGUGUUGUAGGUGUUUGUGUGUGUAGUAUUCAACAUGAUGCGGAUCAUUCGCACAUGUAUAGAGCAAUACGAACAUUUGCUCAGCAUCGCGGACGUGACAACACGCAAAAGAAUGCGCAAAACGUCAUGAAUUGUCGUAAAGAUGGUGUCCUAUACCAAGGCAAACGAGUGGGUCUGACACAUAAAAUACAAGCUAAAGAGCAUAAAUGAAAGCAACAGCGAUAAACAGGUAAGUCAAAAGUCGGGGUCGCGAGGCUUGGGAAAGGAAGUGAUGGGGUGAAACAAGCAUCCAAAGCCUUGGGUAUGUACAACUUCGAUCAACUUUGAAUAUUGAAUCACGGCAGAAAGUGUCCGUAGUCUAGGAUCCAAAAGGCAUUAACUCC